AUGGCCGACGCCACCGACUGCCAUGGCAACUGGAUAUUCUCUGGUCCUGAUGGUAUCAAACCGUUUUCCCGUUACGAGUUGCGUGAAGCCAGUUACUUUGGUCACACAACCUUUUCACUCGAGCGCACAAGUGACGUCAAACACGUAUGGAGAGCACCUUGGCGGAGCGCGAACUUGCCCGCCAAAAGUGGCUGGGUCGGCGCCAUUGGUUGGAACGUAUGGUCUUACAAUGAUUGGCGGCUUCUGAAAAGCGGUCAUCAGAUCACAGCUGGUCCAUUCCGGACAGCUACAGCUCAUCGCAUUGUUAACGAAGGAGUUUAUUAACACAACAGUUCGAGAUUCGACACUGGAAAAAUUGUUCUUGAAAAUUUAACUAGCUAUUGAUACGAAAAUGCUGUCAUAAAAAUUAUUAUCCAUUCAAGUAUUGUCCUGCCCAUAAAAAAAGAAAUUCAGUAUUUUGAUUAAUUCGUACCUUUUAAUGAUAGGAACUUGUAGGGAUGGAAGUAAUUCGCUUACAUCUUUUUUCUAUGUUUCUGAUCUCUUAAAAGGAAACUGCCUGACUUCUUACGUUCAUGUUAUCUUAAUUACUAAAAUUCUCCUAAAUCACCACAAAAUAUUGGCGCGACGUGCAUCCGUGCUCUUCGAGAAUCGGCACUUUAGCAAUUCUUUAAGAAGCACUUAUAUUCUGAUCAGCAGAUUGUAAGAUGUUAUGGUAUGCAUCUGCAGUAAAAUGUUAUAACAUGCAUUUGCAGUGUUCUUCUCACGCGUUCGCAAGGUCAAUUUUCGUGGAAUGCUUCAGGGUAAUCAGUACACAAAAUUCAUACAUUCCACAAUUUCGUGUGCAUUGAAUUGUAUAACUUUGACUCGACAAUCCUUAGUCAGUAUCCAAUAUUGCAGUAACGUGGUCCGACCAUGGCAACGAGUAACCUAAAUUUAUCUACAGGUCCUUCAGGAAAAGCCUCUCACAAUUAAGUAUUUUAUGGAUAUUUCGCAAAUAUUGUUGAAAACAAAAGAUCGUGACCUAUAUAAUUAAUGAAUAAUCCAACGAAACCCAGUUUUAAGCCAACUUAUUGUUUAAAGUAUUUUUUUUAUCAAGAACUACUGGCACAUCAGCUUUCCUGAACGCCAUUCCCGCCAAAGCUUUUCCCUGUCAGUUCCAGAAGUUCUAAUCACUGGUCGACCCGAAGGCCAGUCUUUUAAUCUGUCGGAUAGUUCUUUCAUGGCCAACAUUGAAAAUGGUCGGUUUGUAUUUCUUGUGGGAAACUUUCUUCUUCUUGCGUGA